AUGAUGUUACCCCAAACCAUACCACCCGUGUGUGGCAAUAUUUGGGCCCAGAAAGGAGCAAAGAAAGACAGCAUUUGGACAAAAAGGAUUUUGACACUCUCUAAUUGUCGUCUUCUCCCCUUACAGGUUUUGUCAGUAUGUGUAUUAACAACAAUCCUUGGUUGUAUAUUUGGGUUGAAACCAAGUUGCGCCAAAGAAGUGAAAAGUUGCAAAGGCCGCUGCUUUGAGAGAACGUUUGGGAACUGUCGGUGUGAUGCUGCCUGCGUUGACCUUGGAAACUGCUGUCUAGAUUACCAGGAGACAUGUAUAGAACCAGGACAUAUAUGGACUUGCAACAAAUUCAGGUGUGGGGAGAAAAGGUUGUCCAGAAACCUCUGCUCCUGUUCUGAUGACUGCAAGGCCCAGGGUGACUGCUGCAUCAACUAUGGCUCUGUGUGUCAAGGUGAGAAAAGUUGGGUAGAAGAAACAUGUGAGAGCAUUGAUGAGCCACAGUGUCCAGAAGGGUUUGAUUCACCUCCUACCCUCUUAUUUUCUUUGGAUGGAUUCAGGGCAGAAUAUUUACACACUUGGGGUGGACUACUUCCUGUUAUUAGCAAACUAAAAAACUGUGGAACGUAUACCAAAAACUUGAGACCAGUGUAUCCAACAAAAACUUUUCCCAAUCACUACAGCAUUGUCACAGGACUUUAUCCAGAAUCCCAUGGCGUAAUUGACAAUAAAAUGUAUGACCCCAAAAUGAAUGCUUCCUUUUCACUUAAAAGUAAAGAGAAGUUUAAUCCUGAGUGGUACAAAGGAGAGCCAAUUUGGAUCACAGCUAAGUAUCAAGGCCUCAAGUCUGGCACAUUAUUUUGGCCAGGAUCAGAUGUGACAAUUAAAGGAAUUUAUCCAGAUAUCUACAAAGUUUAUAAUGGUUCCAUUCCAUUUGAAGAAAGAAUUUUAGCUGUUCUUCAGUGGCUACAGCUUCCUAGAGAUGAAAGACCACACUUUUACACUCUGUAUUUAGAAGAACCAGAUUCUUCAGGUCAUUCAUAUGGACCAGUCAGCAGUGAAGUAAGUACAUUUUUAUCAGUGAUUGACAACAUGGUUGGCAUGCUGAUGGAUGGUCUGAAAGGACUGAAUUUGCAUAGAUGCCUGAACCUCAUCCUUAUUUCAGAUCAUGAUUUAACUGGAGCACAUUAUCACUGCCGGGAACCAAACCAGCACUUCAAACCUUACCUGAAACAAUUCUUACCCAAGCGUUUGCACUUUGCCAAAAAUGACAGGAUUGAACCCUUGACAUUCUAUUUGGAUCCUCAGUGGCAACUUGCAUUGCAUGGCAUUGAGGUUGACACUUUUGAAAAUAUCGAAGUCUAUAACUUAAUGUGUGAUUUACUGAAUUUGACCCCAGCUCCUAAUAAUGGAACUCAUGGAAGUCUUAACCAUCUUCUGAAGAAUCCUGUUUUUACUCCAAAGCAUCCUAAAGAAGUGCACCCCCUGGUACAGUGUCCCUUCACCAGAACCCCCAGAGAUAACCUUGGCUGCUCCUGCGACUCCUCGAUUCUGCCAAUUGUGGAUUUCGAGAUACAGUUUAAUAUGACCAUGGCAGAAGAGGAGAAUAUCAACCUUGGCACUUUACCAUAUGGAAGACCCAGACUACUUCAGAAGAAAAACAGUGUCUGUCUUCUUUAUCAGCACCAGUUUGUGAGUGGAUACAGCCAUGACCUCUUCAUGCCCCUCUGGACAUCCUACACCGUCAACAGAAAUGACAGUUUCUCUACAGAAGACUUUUCCAACUGUCUCUUCAAGGACUUCCGGGUUUCUCUUAGUCCUGUCCACAAAUGUUCCUUUUAUAAAAACAACGCUAAACUGAGUUAUGGGUUCCUUGCCCCACCACGUAAGUAUCUUCCUCCUGCCCUUCCCUUUUCUUCUCUUGCUUUCUUUUGUCUUCUUGCUUCCUUUGUAACAACUACAGAAACUCCAGAGGACAAAGAACUGGAAGUUUUUGCUGCUUAG